UCGGAUCGUUGUUUACAUCAAACGGAGAGUUACAGAGGAAGUAUCUUUUAUAAAGUUGAAUGAAAUGGAUUGUAAUCUUAUUGCUACAUCUGUGAAGUUAUAAGAAGAAUGGAAAAGCGGAUUGAAAACAUUAUACAGUUCUAUCUCUGCAGUCUUCUACCUAUGAUGCCCGUAGUAUUGGUUUGGUAUCGGUAACUACCGGUACAAUCAGCGGCCACUUGUCUGCAUUUUCAAUACUAUUUUUACAAUCGUAUCUAUUUUAAAGUAUGAACCCUUGGACAAACCGGUACCUCCUGCCUCAUGUUCGGCCCCUGUCCCUGAUGAUCUACCCCAGGCCCUCUUGUAUCCACCCCAGUCUUCUGAACUUGCCCCAGUGGGGUGAAGACCAGAAGAGGGUGAUGUCCUUCCUGUCUCCAAGUUCUGCCUCAGGAUGUGAUGGGUGGUUAAGUUCAGUGAUGUUCCACAGUGCCAGAAGUUCUUCCUGGAGGGGACAACUCCAAAUCUCCCAGGUAUUUUGGUUGAUGGGAUGGUCCAGAACCAGAACCGCUACAAGCCGAUCUGCCAGUUGUUCAACACAAUCUACAUGUUUGCAACUCUCUACGACACGACCAACAGGAUCCCUGUGUUCUCAGCCUACACCUUCUCUGGUCCUCCUACAGACCGCAGACCAAAACCUGAACCCUGGAUGAUCGAACCCCAGCUCAACAGGGAAAACAACGGCCCUGAAAUGCAGAACAGUGGUAGAGAUAUUGAAUACAAACACCAGGCUGGGAACUACGACUAUAUUAACUCAACACAAAAUAAAGGGGUGAACAGAGGUCAUCUCUUCCCAAAUUCACAUGCUCAUGACCUUGACACUCAGAAGUCCACCUUUACCCUGACCAACAUCGUUCCCCAGGACAUCACCUUCAACGAUGGCAGCUGGAAGGAAAUGGAGAGAAAUGUCAGAGGAACUCUUGUGAAUAACUGUAAGGAUGCUAACGACCAGAUAAAAGCCUAUGUGGUGACUGGAGCAGUGACCAGUAAGAGCAACACACUGAACGACCGAGUGAACAUCCCAGAUCUCCUGUGGACAGCCUACUGCUGUUUGGACAAGAAGAACAAGUGGAUGGCGGAAGCACACUGGGGGAGGAACAAGAAUGAAGACCAGGGGAAAACACUGAACCCAGAAACCUUGGGAGCACUCGAAAAGAAGUUGAGCGAAUUUCACCAAGGUGGCCGUGUCCAGGUGUUCCCAAAGGAUUGUCCAAGAGGUCCUAAACCGACCACUCCCUCUAACCAACCCAGUUGGAAGAAUUCUCUUAAAAUAAUUUCUUCCAAAGUCAGGAAUCUUUACAAUUCCAUGAUGAAUAGAAUUGGAUGAUCAAGGUACAGAUGCUCAGACUAUAUCAACAAAUGAUCAACUAAACUCUGUUGAAAUUAUGUUGAUAUGCAACCACUUGUUAUGGUUAAAGUAAUGAUUAUAAGGGUUAUAGUGGUUAUAGUGGUAAUCAGGGUUAUAG